UGGAUGACGUCAGCGCUACCGCUAUCUCUUGGUUUUAAUAUCUAUGGCUUCACAGCGUUGUUUCUGAAACCAGGAAGAUGGGUUUGGAAUCGUCGAAAUGGGUUAUAAUAUUCUUAGUUUGUUGGCUUUACAAAAAUGUGAGCUGUAACUCUGUUGAGCAGAAGAUUUAUGUGGUGCUGAAUAACACUGUACCAUGCGUUCGACUGCUCAAUGCUACACAUCAGAUUGGCUGCCAGUCCUCGAUAUCAGGUGAUACAGGUGUGAUCCAUUUCUUGGAGUCUGAGGCAGAUCUGGAAUGGCCUUUGAGCAAAGGACCCAAUCCUCCUUAUAUGGUUGUGUUGGAAUCAUCCCUCUUCACCAGGUCUAUCAUGAUGAAGAUGAAGAAUGAAUCCAGCAGGGUAGCUGGGGUUGCAGUGGUGAUCCCAAAUACUAGCCCACCAGAGUUCUCGCCACACACAACAUGUCCCAAUGAGAACACAGGCGUAUACUCCGACAACUAUGGUCCUAAUUUGGCACAUUGUAACAGUACUGUAUGGAACCCUCUGGGGAACGGUCUAUCCUAUGAGGAAUUUGACUUCCCUGUCUUCUCCCUGAACGAAGACAAUGAAACAGAGUUAAUCAAACAGUGCUACUUUGACCAUAAUCGUGCGGUGAAUGGCAGUGCCCCACAGUACCCUCUGUGUGCCAUGCAGCUCUUCUCCCACAUGCACGCUGUCACCAAUACUCCAACCUGCAUGAGACGCAACAACAUCAACUAUAGCAUCAACCCAGAGAUGGUGUGUGACCCUCUGAGUGAUAAUAAUGUUUGGGGUUCCAUCCGGCCCUAUAACGACACAGUCUUCGGCCACAAGGAGAACGAGAGCGUUGUUAUAGCAGCAGCCAGGCUGGACAGCAGGGCAUUUUUCUGGGAGGUUUCAACUGGAGCAGAGGGAAGUAUCUCAGGGUUUGUCACUCUGCUUGCUGCUGCCCAGGCACUGCGUGAAGUCACUCACGAGGCCCCUCCCACACGGAAUAUCCUCUUUGCCUUCUUCCAAGGGGAAGCCUUUGACUACAUUGGCAGCUCUCGGAUGGUUUACGACAUGGAGAAGGGCAAAUUUGUGAUAGACCUGGACAAUGUUCACUCAAUACUAGAGAUUGGUCAGGUGGCCGUGCACAGUGGCACCAACCUCUUUCUCCACUCAGACCCUGUGUCCAGGAGGAACAACACCGUCAAUGACGAGAUUACGAAUCUUGUGAACAACUUACAGUCCUCCACGGCUGGGCUCAGCUUCUUAUUGGUUGAGCCUGGUGUGUCUCAGCCACUCCCGCCCUCCUCCCUCCAGCGUUUCCUGCGAGCUCGGCCAAUCCCAGGGAUUGUGAUUGCAGACCACAAAUCUGCGUUCAACAACAGGUACUAUGAGAGUUUUUACGACAACGCUGCUAACCUGAACCUGACUUAUCCAUCUAACUUGAGUCCAGAGGAACAGCUGGAGUUUGUGACUGAUACUGCAAAGUCUCUUACUGAUGUGGCUACGUUGGUUGCACGUGCUCUCUACAAGCAGGCCGGGGGAAACGAGUCCAAAGUCAACACCAUCAACGCAGACCCCAAAAUAGUUACCCAGAUGCUGUAUGGGUUUCUGGUUAGUUCCAACAACAGCUGGUUUCAGGCAAUGAUGUCCCCAGACCUACAGGACAUUCUCAAGCCCAGCCCACCACAGUACUAUGUUGGUGUUGCCAUGUCUUCCACUCCGACACGUCUGGUCCAGUACCUCCUGGCCAAUUUUACUGGAGCAGCCACCAACCUCACCCAGAGUCAGUGCCAGAAGCCAGAUGAGCUGCCAAACGAGAGCAGACAGAUGUACUCCUAUCUCUGGGUUCAGGGCAUUGUCCCACCCAACAGCACCCAGAGAGAUUCCUUCUGCGUACGUGCAUCGGUACGCCUGACCAGAGCAAUAUCCCCUGCCUUCGAGCUGGGAGAGUAUGCUUCCAAAGACUACUCCACGUGGACAGAAUCACGGUGGAAGUUCAUCAAAGCUAGAAUUUUCCUAGUAGCCAGCCGGGACCUGGAGAUGCUGACCUUAGGCGUGGGAGUGGCUGUGUUGUUCACAUUCCUACUGCUGACAUACUUUGUCAGCUCCAAGGCAGACGUCCUCUUCAGCUCCACGAGGGAACCCGCUAGCGCCGCCUACUGAUUACCUCCAGGCGUUUUAACCUGUGACCAGCGACCACUACUCUCCCAACCAAACAGGAACAGACAGCGUUGUUUUUUUUGUUGUUUUUUUUACACACGAUAUUGUAGACCGACAGACAGGCAAAGAGGUUAGGCAGAAUAGAUUGUUUUAUCUGUGUGAGCCUGAUGGACUCACACAGAUGAGGUUUAACACAUAACUGGAAUUGACUGGCCCGGAUGGAUCCGGACUCAUCAGGGUCAGAUUGCACUGGUCUGUGCCAGUGUAAAAGAUGUUCAUAUUCAUUUUUUUUGUUCAGUCAAAUCAUGUUUUGUUUACUGUAUCAUGGAAGUAGGCACUAGGCUUUGUUUGACUGUGUGUGCUUGCGUGCAUGCGUGUGUGUAAAUGGGAGGUGCUUGCGAGCGUGUGCAAGUGUGUAUGUUGAGGAUGCAGUUGUAGUAGCUUUCUUUUCUCUGUCUGUAGUAUACUGAUCUGUCAUUUCUAGGGAGAAUGAAACCUUACUUCUGGCAAAUAGACUUUGGAUGUGGGUUUAGCUGAAUGACCACUACAGCUGCGUUCACACAGGCAUCCCAAUUCUUAUUUUUAACACUAAUUGGCCUUUUGACCAAUUACAUCAGAUCUUUCCACAUCAGAUCUUUUUCAGAGCUAAUCUGAUUGGUCAAAAGACUAAUUAGUGAAAAAACGAUCAGAAUUGGGCUGCCUGUCUAAAUGCAGCCUAAUAUGCAUUAAAAUGUGUAUAUCAAAAUAGUGUUAUUUUGUUUGCAGUCUUUAAAAAUCGACAUUAUUUUAAAUCUAGAAAUAAUUUGCAGGAUCAUGCCCAGAGGUUUUUAUGUGUUGAUGGAAAUGUCAAAUGAUACGGGGUGUGUUUGUAAGUGAAGGUGAUCUCUGACCAACUGGGGAAUAAUUGUGAUUAAUGCCUUGAUAACUAAAUAAACAUGGCUUUUCCAAUC